AAUGUUUCACCUGAUUUAUUAAAUAGUUGGACAACCGUUUUGACAUCAUAUUGCAAAAGGAGAGAUGAUCAACAGAUCACGCGUUAAUACGUUUCACACAUAAGAAGCAACAAGGCCGGCAAUGGGUUUGUUUAGAGAGAAUUUUAUCUGCCUAAAAUUUUCUCAAGGUUCAACGAUGCAUGAGAGUUCAUCUUCACGUUUGCAAGAUUUUCCCAAGCGAGUGUGGUGAAAUUGGCUCAACGUUCGAUUUUGCGAAGGCUGAGAAUCAUGGAAGAUGGCGCCGAGGGCCCGAAUACCUGCAGAAGGUUCUAAUUUGUCAAGAAUCAAGAUUGACCAAGCGGACCAACGAACGGACCGUUGUGGAGAUCAAGAACACUUUUGGGUAAUAAAAUCUGCUCCUGCAAGUAAUGAUCUCUUGCAUGCAACUAUAAUGAUCUAGUUUUCUCUAAGCCUCCCGUUCGUUGCUUUCUCGUUGUCACUGUUGUAAAAUCUCGUUUCCUCCUCGGAUCUUCUACGAGCUUUCCUCCUUUACUUCUGCCUCUUCAAUUUCCUCUCGUCGUACUGGAAAUGUUCUGCACAUGUAAAAGUCGGAAAGGUUUCCAAGAACUAUCGCGAUAAUCCCGAUUCCCGGCACUGCACUCGCACUCCCAAACUGUCUAGCAGUGUGUCUGGCCCACUUCGAGGUCUCCGACCCCGCAAUUCGAGGACCGGCCGGACCGGCCGGAUCAGCCCGUGGGUUUCGCAUGCAGGACGCCGUCGUGAGGUAAUAAGAGACAUGACCGGAUACCCACCCGGUGACCGGUAGAAAAUCAUCCGUAUUCACGGGGCCCACAAGGGGCUUCGUCCUUCAUUGGCGAAUAUCAGCGCGCGAGUUUAUGAAAGCUGAAGUGCUUCGAUUCGAGCUUUGCUGACAGUGCCCAACGAGCAUUUGACGAUGCUUCCGGAUCGAUGAGAAGAGCGCGGGUGGGGGCCAAGUGUUAACGACGAAGCGUUGGAAGACCCGUCACGCCGUACGAAGAUGAAACCAUGAAAAGGGUAAUAAGGGCUCGGCCUCAUCGGAAACGACUAGAAGCAGAGACUCCAUACGUUUGUGUGACGGGAUAUGGGUGUUCUAUUGUCCUCUUAAUUUGGGCAAGAUACUCCAAAUCCUCGGCCGCAUCUACAGUUUCUGGGCAGGCUUGUGGAGUUUUACCUUGCAACUUACAACUUUUAUUGGAGAUCAAGUGUAAAUUUCUGGUUCGCUGUCUCAUCAGUCAUGGCCUCGCUUCCUAUUGUUCCAUGGCAAAGCUACAUAGCUGUACUAGUUUCGCUUCGGUAUACAGGAGCAACUUUUAUGAUGAAUGAUACAGAACAAACACAAGUUUUGGAUAGCUGGCACCAGAUAAGGAUCAGUUUCAGUAACAAUAUAAUACUAUCACGGUUCUUCAAGUGAUUAUUGCAAAAUGGACUUUGGUUAGUGCUACAAGUGAACAACUAUUGCUUUUGUCCUAUUUAAAAAUAUUAUUUGAAUUGUAAUGCCCAGGAGUUAUGACCUCAUUUGAACAAACCCGACAUCUUGGAUCCAAGAGGUCCGAUAGUUGGUUCGUUUCGAUCUGUGUCUAGACUUGAAGGGAAGAAUCCGCUGUGGUGAUGAACACCUUCGGAGUAGGCUGGAAGAAUUACAGAGUAUUCCCCAUACAGAGAUACAAAAUCAAGUGGAAGACAAGUUUGC